UUUUUUUCGCCAACUAAAUGCCUCGCCAUUGAAUUUUCUGUUAAAUAAAAAAGCGAAGUGCGAAACCAAGCAUUUAAAAAUGCGAAGAACUGAGACGGGCACCAAUAGGCAACACGAGGAUAAUUUCUGUCGAACAGUCGCGUCGUAUAAGAAAGAAGCAGAGUAUAUCAAGUGCCUACUUGAGUAGCUCUUAUUCUCUGCAACUAUGGAUCUGGGUCAUGUUCUCCACCUCCUAAUUCCCUCAUGGAACUCUGUUGCUAUACUCGCAUUGUUCUUUGCUUACUUGGCAAUUGCCGGAUCUAUAUUGCCCGGCAAAGUUGUUCCCGGAGCCACCUUACCAGAUGGCUCUCGUCUUUAUUAUCGCUGCAAUGGUCUGCUAUCACUUCUGUUGCUGGUUGGGCUUCUUGGGUUUGGUGCUAAGAUGGAUUUCGUAUCACUUACUGCAAUAUCAGACAGAGGAUUUGAGCUGUUAACAACAACUUUUCUGUUUAGUGUUCUGGUCACACUGGUACUUUACGCUGCUGGCUGCAAGUCGAGCAACCGAGGUUCUUCCCUAAAGCCUCAUGUGACAGGGAACCUUCUACAUGACUGGUGGUUUGGAAUACAGCUUAAUCCUCAGUUUAUGGGCAUCGACCUCAAAUUUUUCUUUGUUAGAGCUGGAAUGAUGGGCUGGCUAUUUAUCAACCUUUCGGUUCUUUCGGGAAGUAUCCAAGAUGGCACCUUGAGUCAAUCCAUGAUCCUCUUCCAGUUGUUCUGUGCGUUAUACAUCCUGGACUACUUUUUUCAUGAGGAGUACAUGACCUCCACAUGGGACAUAAUUGCAGAGAGACUGGGUUUCAUGCUUGUAUUUGGAGAUCUAGUGUGGAUUCCUUUCACUUUUAGCAUCCAGGGAUGGUGGCUUCUGAGUAACAAGGUGGAGUUAGGAACAGCUGCUGUUGUAGCAAAUUGUUUGACUUUUCUGAUUGGGUACAUGGUAUUCAGAGGAGCCAACAAGCAAAAGCAUGUCAUUAAGAAGAAUCCUAAAGCACCUAUAUGGGGUAGGCCUGCAAGGGUCAUUGGGGGAAAGUUGCUUGCUUCUGGUUAUUGGGGAAUUGCAAGGCACUGUAAUUACCUUGGGGACUUGUUACUUGCACUGUCUUUCAGUUUACCGUGUGGGAUAAGUUCCCCAGUUCCAUACUUCUAUCCAAUUUAUCUUCUCAUUCUGCUCGUAUGGAGAGAAAGAAGAGAUGAAGCUCGUUGUGCAGAGAAGUACAAAGAAAUCUGGGCAGAAUACCGCAAACUUGUCCCAUGGAGAAUAUUGCCUUAUGUUUAUUAAGCUACCAGACUCUGGACUUUGUAAACGCAUCAUCAAGUUUAACUGCAGUGGACCUCAUGCUUUCUUGUUUGUACUAUAAAAUGCACUUUAUUC